AUGAGCCCUAUAUUGUUUGACGUUGAAGUCGAGCUAGACGAUGAUAACUCUUCGGGACUUGGUUGGAUAGGCGGUGGAGGUGGAAAUGCAGAAUUUACCGGAGGCAUAGUCGUGAAAAUGGGCAAAGGUGGUGGAUAUGACAAGCCAAUUGCCGGUGGCGACGGUGGCGGUGGUGGUGGUGCAGAAGAUAUCAGUGGCAAUACUGGACGGCUAGGUGGGGUUGAUGAAGCUGAUGAAGGCGGUGAAGGACUUGGAGAUGGUGGUGGGCUAGAGACCUCCGCUGGAAGUUCCGGGGAUGGAGUCUCCGAUGGUGGUGUAACUGGUGAUAGAAAAGCGGGUGGCGCAUUGGGUGUAGGAGGAGUGGUGAAACUAUAA